UCAGUGGGGCCAGCAGGCUGCAGUGAAGUGGGUGCCCCCUUCCCAGCCCUGACCCACCAAGCCGGGACCCAGCUUCCCUCACCCACACUUCUGGAUCCUGACGCCUCCUGAGUCUUCUUCUUGCCCGGUCCGAGCAGGGUCAUGGCCUUGAGAACAGGUGACCACAGUCAGGCUGCAACGAAUGGGCUGAAGGAGAAGGUGCUGACGCUGGACACCAUGAACCCGUGUGUCCGGAAGGUGGAGUACGCGGUACGAGGCCCAAUCGUGCUGCGCGCGCUGGAGCUGGAGCAGGAGCUGCGCCAGGGCGUAAAGAAGCCCUUCACUGAGGUCAUCCGAGCCAACAUCGGGGACGCACAGGCCAUGGGGCAGACGCCUAUCACCUUCCUGCGCCAGGUCCUGGCGCUCUGCGUCCACCCUGAUCUCCUGAACAGCCCUGACUUCCCCGACGACGCCAAGAGGAGGGCGGAGCGCAUCCUGCAGGCAUGUGGGGGCCACAGCCUGGGGGCCUACAGCAUCAGCUCUGGCACCCAGCUGAUCCGCGAGGACGUGGCGCGGUACAUUGAGCGGCGCGAUGGAGGCAUUCCCGCCGACCCCAAUAACAUCUUCCUGUCCACGGGGGCCAGCGACGCCAUCGUGACGUUGCUGAAGUUGCUGGUGGCCGGCGAGGGUGGCACGCGCACGGGCGUGCUCAUCCCCAUCCCUCAGUAUCCACUCUACUCCGCCGCGCUGGCCGAGCUCAACGCGGUGCAGGUGGACUACUACCUGGACGAGGAGCGCGCCUGGGCGCUCGACGUGGCCGAGCUGCGGCGCGCGCUGCUCCAGGCGCGUGACCACUGCCGCCCCCGCGCGCUCUGCAUCAUCAACCCCGGCAACCCCACCGGUCAGGUGCAGACCCGCGAGUGCAUUGAGGCCGUGAUCCGCUUCGCCUUUGAGGAGGGGCUCUUCCUGUUGGCCGAUGAGGUGUACCAGGACAACGUGUACGCCGAGGGCUCGCAGUUCCACUCGUUCAAGAAGGUGCGGCUUCCGCGGCGGCUACGUGGAGGUGGUGAACAUGGACGCAGCGGUGCAGCAGCAGAUGCAGAAGCUGCGGAGCGUGCGCCUGUGCCCGCCCACGCCGGGCCAGGUCCUGCUAGACGUGGCGGUCAGCCCGCCCGCGCCCUCCGACCCCUCCUUCGCGCAGUUCCAGGCGGAGAGGCGGGCGGUGCUGGCCGAGCUGGCGGCCAAGGCCAAGCUCACGGAGCAGGUCUUCAACGAGGCUCCAGGCAUCCGCUGCAACCCGGUGCAGGGAGCCAUGUACUCCUUCCCGCGCGUGCAGCUGCCCCCGCGUGCGGUGCAGCGCGCUCAGGAGCUGGGCCUGGCUCCCGACAUGUUUUUUUGCCUGCGCCUCCUGGAGGAGACCGGCAUCUGCGUGGUGCCUGGCAGUGGCUUCGGGCAGCGGGAAGGCACCUACCACUUCCGGAUGACCAUUCUGCCCCCCAUGGAGAAGCUGCGUCCCUUGCUGGAAACGCUGAGCCAGUUCCACGCCAAGUUCACCCGCGAGUACUCCUGAGGACACCGCUGGGGGCCAGGCUGGACCGGCAGGGACGACCCCGGGCGGACAGUGCUCGGGUUCUUGGGGUCUCUGGAGCCCUCUGGACUUGCUCCUGCUGCCUGUGUGGCUGGGCCCCCCCUCUCUUCAGGCCCCUAAUAAAGCAGUGGGCUGGCUUGGCUGCUUGCAGGCUGUGUGCACACCUGUAUGCGCCCCCGCAGCCUUGUCCACUCCUGACUGCCUUUCUGUGUGGGGUUCUGUGCAGGCCUGGGGGCCCAGGAGGAGUGGUCAGGGAGGGCUUCCAGGGGAGGUGACCUUCUUACAGGAUGGAUUUGGCGGGAUGGGGUGAGCACUGGGAAGCGGAGUGACCGUGAGGACUCAAGGGGGCAGUCUUGGUUCCCGUAACUGGGCGCGGGCAGUGGUGCUGCCACUUUGGACAGCUGGAGGAGCGGUGGUGCCGGCCCAAGAGCAGGGAGGGGAGGAAGAGCAAACGGGUCUCGCUUUGUCGUGUUGUGUGUGACAUCCACGUGCAAAUGCAGUUCUUGGGCUGGGAAGCAGUGAGAGGGGAGGCCCCCUCCUGAGCUGGGGCACCCAAAGGCAAGUUCCGGGGAAGAGGGCACGGAAGAUGCCGAGGAAGAGGUGCCCUGUGGAGCUCUGGGCUGAAGGACCUGGGCUGGGGGCUGGCGGGCAGCCUUGUGUCCUUGACACUGGCGUGCGAGGACGUGCAUGCCAGACACUGUUGUGGAUCACUGCACAAAGGGCCCUCUCUGGUGGGCACUGUAGUUCCCAUUUCAUAGAUGAGGAAACCUGGGCCCCCAAAAUGUGUGGAAAUGAAAGGAAGCUCACUCCCCGUGGCCUCAGCAGCUGACGGAACGUCUUGGCUCAAGUGUCUGCGAGUUGGUCUAGAUGUUGGCAGGCCUCAGCCACCCACGGGCUUAGGGAGAGUAUUGGCCAAGGCCCCAGCUCCACUCUGGAUGAGGUUCUUAACCAUAGUCCCUGCUUCACUAUCUCCCCUGGGCCUCCGGUGCCCCACACAGCAAGGCUCUAGACAGGAGAGGACGGGAGGCGCAGGUUUCUCGUCCCAAGGCCAGCUGGGGUCAGGCUGGGGCCGGCCUGGACUGGCUCUCCUGGCCUUGUCGCUAGACACUAGAGGGCGUUUCGGGCAGCAGCCGGGUGCCUCCUUGGGCUGAACGUGGGCUCAGGCCUUUCCCACGAACUUCCUGCCUUCCACGACGCUCUGUGGCCACUGGCCUGGGGAGGGCGCCGAGACCACUAGCACAGC